GGCGCCUUUAAGGUUGGUUAGUAAACCACCGACUGAACUCAAAGAGGGAGACGAAGAAGAAGAAGUUGCCCCCUUCCGACAAGAGAUCUGCCCCAUCAUGUAAGCAUUAUCUAAUUAAAAAAAUAAAAUUUAAUUGUGGAUUUAGACGAUGACUUACAGGAGGACGGAUUGACACGGUCCACGUAUUGCAUGUUUGUAACAGUGGGUACGAGUGAUUUUACGAGACGUUGUUCACGUGCAUCAGGGAUGCAGCUCUGCAAACGUUAGCCGUCGCUGCUAGGCUAUCACAUUAGCAUGUAGCACGCUUCCUCACCUCCAUGCAAAUAGAGAACAGUGUGUUUAUUACGCAGAUCAAACUCCUGUCCUCGCUGUAAUGUGUCAUCACUAUAAAAGAGUUUCUGUGGGAUAAAUAAACUUUAAAAAAAUUAAAUUGCAACGUUGAUGUUGAGUAGAUUCAGUUUCAAACGCAUCGAAAAUGUAACAACUAUCUAAAUACGAGCGUGUAUGUAAAUGUGGAAGAGCAUUUUUGCAUACGUCCUGAUCUGAACGUAAACAUCGCGUACAGGCAGAAUGAGAUUUUAUAGAUUUUAUCGAGCUUUCAAGAAAAAUAUAUUAGCCUCUAAAAGAGCCUCAAUUCAAAAUGGAGCCAUCCAUCUGUGCGAGAGAAAACAGCGUCACAGAUAAGUAAUGUCUCCAUUUCUGACACUGUGUGCUUAUAAUCAUUCGAUAUCAGUUUGGAUUUUGAUUGGUUGAUAGUAGGGCUUGGACGAUAUGCUUUUCUCCCAAUUCGAUUCUUCCACGAUUUUUUGGAUGUUAGCUCGAUUCAAUUUGCGAUUUUACGAUAUUGUCGAUUUUCUCGAUAUUCAGUCUGCAUUUUUAACACCAGUAAAACAGUUGAAUGAUUAUGAGUGUCUACUGACUAUUCCAGGAACCAUAUUUCCCUCCCAAAAAAUACACAUCAUGUGUCAGUCAGUUUUUAAGAUUUAUUCUUAAAUUUGUAAAAAAAAAAAAAAAAAAUUUUUGAACAUAGAAAUAGAUUUUAAAAAAUGUAAAACAAAAAAUCACAAUACUUAUGUAAAUCAAUAUUUUUCUCCCACCUUUAGUUGAUUGUAUCCUAAAGCCCCAAAGACUGAAAAUAAAUUUGCACCCACAUUUCCAAUCAAAGGGUGCGGCAAGGGUGGUCAAUGUUCAUGGAGAAGAAGUGAACCGAGUUAGUGCUGGUAAAGAAAACAGUUCUGCUAAACUGAAAAAGUAUUUUUUUUGCGAUCAGCUGAUGUCAUGCUUAUUUCUGCUUUCUGCGCAUGUCCUUGCUAUGCUCACCAUCAAAGCCACUAUCACUCUUCCCGGCCUCGCUAUAUAGCCUACUGACAAUCAAUGGGGUGAACACAGUGUUAAGUAAGGUCAGCUAACACGGCCCCAUCACCAGCUUUCUCUGCUGGAGUUCACUGUUACUCAGUUUAUCAUCUGUGUCUGUUAUCCCUCCUAAUCCUGCCGGUCCCUACACCUUUUUAAAAUCUCAUCUUGGAUAUAGAAAAUAUAAUAGACCUCAAAAUGAUCAUUUAGAAGUUUGUUUUGCACUGUAAUAAAUGCCUGAUGCUAGAUGUUUGUCAUAGCAGAAUGCCAAAAUCAAAGGAAGUGCUGUCCUCCACAUCUGGAAGUGACUCCGACAGUGAAGUGGAGUCAAAGGUUUGUGUUUGUUUCUGAACCCUCCGUGUUUAAAUGUCUGCCUUUGGAAUGAAGCACACUGAUAACAUGUUUAGAAGUAUAGAAAACCUGUUUUCUACAAAAAGGUCUCCUAUAUUUCCUCUUGUCUGUUAAAAACAAAAUUGAUGGCAGAAUUGGAUCAAGCGUUUGUGUAUUUUUCAGGCAAAGAAAAGGAAGAGUGCAGUACCAGAGAAACCAGUCAAGAAACCAAAGAGCGGAGAGAGCUCCAAGCCAAGCGGCUCAUCAAAGAGCAGCGGAAAUGGUGACGACAACAUGUUCCAGGUGAGUUUUACAGGUAGAGUGAAGAAACACUUCUCUCCACUAACAAAGGCUUGAUACCACAUCUUAAACCUUCCUUUCUAAUUGAGUGAAGCCAGACUACCUCUUGAGGUAGGUGCCCACAUAUUCUUCAUUUGAAAUCAAAGUCAGUGCAGUGGGGAUCUGACUGAAUUUGAUCAAAAAAUCCAAAAACACAUUUGACUCAUUGAUAAAACACUAAAGCUCCCUCAGGUGGGUCUUGUCUACAUGACAGAUUCUUUUGUGGGUUUGAAGCAGACACUAACUUUAUAAAAAAGUUUAAAGACUCUUAAAGUGUUUGUUACAUUUUCUUUCAGCAUUCCCAAAUUAGCAUGACAUGAACUGACUUUAAUGACAGAAAACAUGUUUGAGAAACAUAUUCUGCUGGGAGUUAGUGAGGGAAGCAGAUUUUUGUUACACUUCAGCAGAGUGUCUGUUGAGUGACUGUCAGAAAAUGAUACAAAACACACCAGGAUGCGACCCAAGGUACAGUGGAUAUAAAAAGUCUACACACCCCUGUUCAACUGCCAGGUUUUUGUCACGUAAAAAAAAUUCAAUCAAGAUAAAUAAUUUCACAACUUCUUCCACCUUUAAUGUGACGUAUAACCUGUACAACGCAAUUGAAAAACAAACAGAAAUCUUUCAGGGAGGUGAAGUAAAAAUAAACAACUGAGAUCAUGUGGUUGCACAAGUGUGCACACCCUUUAAUAACUGGGGAUGUGGCUGUGUUCAGAUUUAACCAAUAACAUUCAAACUCAGGUUAAAUUGAAGUCAGCACACACAUGUCACCAAUUAAAGCGCCUCUAAUCAACCCCAAAUAAAGUUCAGCUGUUCUAAUAGGCUUUUCCUGACAUUUUUGUAGCCACAUCUUCCAGCACAAGCCAUGGUCCGCAGAGAGCUUCCAAAGCAUCAGAGGGAUCUCAUUAUUCAAAGAUAUCAGUCAGGUGAAGGCUACAAACGAAUUUCCAAGAAACUAAAUAUACCAUGGAACACAGUAAAGACCGUCAUCAUCAAGUGGAGAAAAUAUGGCACAACGGUGCCAUUACCAAGAACAGGACGUCCGUCCAAAAUUGAUGAUAAGACAAGAAGAAAACUGGUCAGGGAGGCUACCAAGAGGCCGACAGCAACACUGAAGGAGCUGCAGGAAUUUCUGGCACGUACGGGCUGUGUAGUACAUGUGACAACAAUCUCCCGUCUUCUUCAUAUGUCUGGCCUAUGAGGUAGGGUGGCAAGACGGAAGCCUUAUCUUACAAAGAAAAACGUCAAAGCCCGGCUUAAUUUUGCAAAAAGAUGUGAAAUCUCCCAAACGCAUGUGGGAAAAUGUCUUAUGGUCUGAUGAAACCAAAGUUAAACUUUUUGGGCAUCAUUGCAAAAGGUAUAUUUGGCGCAAAAUCAACAUUGCUCAUCACCAAAAGAACACCAUACCCACAGUGAAGCAUGGUCGUGGCAGCAUCAUGCUUGGGGCUGUUUUUUCUUCAGCUUUAACUCGUGCCUUAGUCAGUGUUGGCACAAAACCUUGGGCCUUCUGCUAGAAAGCUGAAGAUGAAGAGGAACUUCAUCUUUGAGCACAACAAUGACCCAAAGCACACAUCUAAAUCAACAGAAGAAUGGCUUCACCAGAAUAAGAUGGAGACUUUGGAAUGGCCCAGCCAGAGUCCAGACCUGAAUCCCAUUGAACAUUUGUGGGAAUGAUCUGAAGAAGGCUGUGCAUAGGAGAUGCCCUCGCAAUCUCAGAUUUGGAGCGGUUUUGCAAAGAAGAGCGGGCAAAUAUUACCAGAUCAAGAUGUGCCACGCUGAUAGACUCCUACCCAAAAAGACUGAGUUCUGUAAUGAAAGCCAAAGGUUUAAGGGUGUGAAUAUUUAUGCAACCAGGUUCAUUUAACUUUUCUAUUUUUUAUUUUUCCCCUUAAAGGUCUGUUUGUUUUUCAAUUGCAUUGUACAGAUUAUAGGUCACAUUAAAGUUGUGAAAAUAUUUAUCUUGCUGUCAUUUUCUUACAUCACUAAAACUUGGCAGUUGAACAGAGGUGUGUAGACUUUUAAUAUCCACUGUAUGUGUGACAAAAUGGUUUGCAAACUUCUGAUGAAUGAUGAUCAAUUACAAUCCCAAUCUUGGUUAGGAUGUUGUAAACUGUUACAGAACACAAUUUGUAGUUUUGAAAAGCACUGGAAAAAGUUGCAUAAUGCUACAAAGCCACAUCUCUCAAUUUAUGGGGUUAACUUAAAACAGAUUAGGAACUUGGCUGUGAACAAGAAGGUCAUUCCAGAGAGGCUGGAGGGAAGAUAAAAAGAGGUUCAUCACUCUUUGAGAGACUGGCUCAGGGUACUGUUCCUCUGUGUAAAAUUGGAAAGAAGAGAUUUCCCUAUCAGAAUUUUCUAUGAUUAAAAGAUUCAGAUAAUCUGGAGAAAUCUCUGUUCAAGAGGGACAAGGCUCAAAACCAACACUGGAUGGCCUCGAUUUUAAGGCACCAGAGCAGAACUGUGUUAAAAAACAAUUGUGACUCUGGAGCGGAAAUCACUGCAUGGGCCCAAACUCGGCCUACUUAAGAUGGACUGAGUUGAAGUGAAAAACUUUCAUAUGGUCUGAUGAAUCCAAAUUUGACGUUCUAUUUGGAAAUCAUGGAUGCUGCAUCCUCCAGUGUAAGGAGGAGAGGGAUCACCUAGCUUUUUGUAAGUAAGUAAAUUUAAUUUAUGAAGCACUUUUCAUAGAUAAAAUCACAAAGUGCUUUACAACAAGGAGAAAAUACAGUAAAAUACAGAGAAAUGCACAGUUCAUUUUAGCCAGCAUCCCUGAUGAUAUAAGAAAUGCAUCAGUACCCAUGACAGCUUACGCAUCAAGAAAAACUCCAUUAUUGCUGUUUUUAUCAACAUUUUUUAUACCCUCCAAAUUUUUGGGGAAUAUGUGCCGAUAAGAGAGUUCUUGUGUGGAAAAUUCGAGUAAAGUUUUUUUUCCCUCUUUCAGAUUGGAAAGAUGAGAUAUGUCAGCGUCAGAGACUUUAAAGGUAAAGUCCUGAUUGACAUAAGAGAGUACUGGAUGAACUCGGACGGGGAGAUGAAACCUGGAAAGAAAGGUAACAACAGUAAACCCUGUAAUGCUAUAAAAACUGUGUGCAUCUGUGUAUCUAAAUUAUCUGGAUAGUAAUUCCACUAACAGGAGAGCAGGAUGUUAUAUAAUCUUUGUGACUAUGUUUUUGCAGGUAUCUCCCUGAAUCCUGAGCAGUGGAACCAGCUGAAGGACCAGAUCUCAGAAAUCGAUGAUGCCAUCAAGAGAACAUAAUCAUUCCUUUCUGAUGUUUUUUUUUUCUUCUUUUGUUGGAUUAGAUUCAACUUGUUGGCUAACCAGUUUUGUAAAAAGCCUGGGAUUGUUUUAUAAGAACUUAAAUUUGUAGCUGUGUGGAUUUAGUGAUGUCUGUUUGCGUUAGUGCUUGAGCUGUUGUAGUGAAGGUUUGGGUGGAUGACCAUUGGGUUGGGUGGGGUGGGGUGGGGAGGUGGCAUCAACACAGAGCUGUUUUGCAUUGAAUAAUAAAACUGAGGCACUGACUUAAUCUUUGUGUUCAUUUAAAUUCAUGUUCACAGUUCCACUUUGAUAGAUAUUUUCCUGAUGUUACUUUGAUAUUUUGUGAUUUGUAGCUCUUAAACCAUCACUCUUUGUGAAACACGUUUGUCAUGUUGUACCUGCAGUUAAAUAAAAACCUGAUUAUAUAGCACUUAACUUACAGUAGUAAUCACGGUUCCUAUUUAGCUUUGUCAGUAAAGGAUAAUUUGAAAUGACAAACUGGGAUUUUUUUCCUCCUAAAAUAAAACCAAGAUAGUUCUAAUCCACCUCCAAACAGCUGUGGAUAUGAAAAUAUAUAUUUUUUGCAACUUUAUAUUAAAGCUAAAUCUGUCUGAUUAUUACUGUAGUUUAGGGAAAUGUCUCAAUUGUUUAUCAUGCUUUUUCUGUCCAUUUAAAUAAAACUACUUUAAAGUGUC